AUGAAUCACACUCUGGACGCGGCGCAGCCCAUCGCGGAGCUCGCGAAGGCGCUGCUGGACUCAUCGCCGCGAGAAUGGACCCCCUACGCCCUGGGGCUCUUGGUCGGAUACCCUCUUGUCACCAGCGCGCUGCGAUAUCGUCGUCUGCGCAGACUGCACCUGCAGUACCCCUAUAAGACCCGCGAGGACAUGGCCAAAAUGACCGACGAGGAUGCCUUCCAAAUCCAAAAGACCGUCGCGCAGCUCGAGUUCCCAUUCAUGUUUAUCAAGUCGCUGCAGUUCGCGCUGUUCAGGACCUACGGCAUUCCAUCCAUCUCCCACCUCCUCACCAAGACCAGUCAGUUCUCCAACCCGGAAACCUCGCUCAAGCGCUACACAGAUACCAGCGCUCUGGUCCAGGAGAUGGUCGGGAAUAGCCCGACCUCGCAGCGGGCGUACAUUUCGCUAGCCCGCACGCGCUUUCUGCAUAGCGGGUACCGUGCCUCGGGAAAGAUCCUGGACGAUGACAUGCUGUAUACGCUUGCGCUCUUCGCUUUGCAGCCUAUUCGAUUUAUCAACAAGUUCGAAUGGCGCACCCUGAGUGAUCUCGAGCGCUGUGCUAUUGGCACUUUCUGGAAGAGUGUCGGCGAUGCGCUGGGUAUUAGCUAUGAUGUCCUACCAUCCGGGACAGCGGGAUUCACAGAUGGUAUUCAGUGGCUGGACGAACUGGAUGUCUGGAGCGAAGCGUAUGAGGAGAAGUGCAUGGUCCCUGAUCAAAAGAAUCGCGAGACGGCAGAUCAAACCACGGCGGUAUUGGUUUACAUGCUUCCGAAGGUCCUGCAUCCUGUCGGGCUGCAAUUUGUUUCGUUCAUGAUGGAUGACCGACUGCGAAAAGCAAUGCUAUACGACGCCCCCUCUCCUUUCUUUGCUUCUCUUUUCUCGGGACUUCUUACGACUCGGAAGCUGAUCCUCCGUUACUUGACCCCUCCGAGGCCAUACGCCUUGCGCUAUGCUUCUUUCACCGAGGAGCCUGAUGAGAACGGCCGUUUCUACCUGACCAAAUGGGAGGCGGCACCAUAUUAUGUCAAGCCGACCUUUUGGAACCGCUGGGGACCCGAAGCAUGGCUGACUUGGGCGCUGGGUCGGCCAGUUCCUGGAGAUGAGGGAGAGAAGUACUAUCCUUCGGGCUAUCAUAUUCAGGAUGUCGGUCCUAAGUAUUUCGAAGGCAAGGGGAGGAAACAGUUGGAGGAGACCAUGGAAGAGUUGAAGGAAUUCCGGACAGGCAAAUGUCCCUUCCACUGA